UUCGUGUAUGUUUAUUUGUGCGAGAGACUUCAUUGAGUGCGAAGCUAAAUUUUCUUCCUUCAUAUUUCUUUUCUCAGUUUGCAGUUGAAAAAAACCUUUAUUACAAAAAAAAAUGGAUAAGUGGAGUAACAAAGUCGCUGUUGUCACAGGUGCAAAUUCAGGCAUUGGAUUCGCAGUCUUGAAGAAGCUUGCACAAUCUGGACUUAAGGUUGUCGGCUUGGAUAUUGAACUUGAUGAGAUCGAUAAAUUGAAGGGAGAAUUAAAAGACGCACAAAUCUACUCAAAAAAAUGUGACGUGACAAAAGAUGCUUGCGUUGCUGAAGCUUUUGAGUAUGUGGAGACUCUCGGCGGCGUUGAUGUUCUCGUUAAUACAGCCAGAACAUACAGAAACAUCGGAGUUUUGGAUUAUGAGAAGCCUGUCUCAGAAUUGUCAUACAACAUCGAUGUCGACUUUACUGGUGCUGUUCGUACAGCUCGUUUAGCCUUCAAGUCAAUGGAAACAAGAGAUUCUUAUGGAUACAUCAUCAAUAUCAAUUCCAACUUUUCAAACCUCCUCACACCAAUGUCCAAUGUUGAACUUGGAGUUUAUUCAGGCGCAUGCAGUGCUCUUAACACAACAAGCAACGUUAUGCGAUAUGAGUUGAAUAACUUAAAAAAUCGCAAGGUUCGUAUAACAAGCUUAAAUCUUGGCGUUGUCAAAAACACAAACAUCUUCAAAAUUGCCAGACUUUCACUUGAAGACGAGAAGUCACUUUAUGUAAAUCCAGUUUUAGUACCAGAAGAUCUCGAAGAAACUGUCGCUUAUCUUCUAACCUUACCAUAUGGCGUUAAUGUCUCUGACAUGACAAUCAGAGCUACCGGUGCUGAUGUCUAGAGUGUUCUCGAUUUCAUUUAAACGCGUGUGCAUUUUUUGAAUUAAAAAACACAAUUUGAUACCAUUUUUUGUUAAUUUUUUAUAAAAAUAAAACGAAGAAUUCUUUUUGGAUGUCCACAUUUUGAAGUGGAUUGUAAUUUUUAAAAUCAAAUGAAAUAGUUUUCUCGAUGAAAAUUUAAGAUUGAUCGGAAUUUAAUUUAAAAAUAAAUCAUUUCCAAUAG